UACCGAACAAGGACAUUGAUGGAGACAUACUCCCUUACAGGCCUUGAUAGGUUCAUUUCCACCACUGGACGACAAAACAUUUCUUUCUCCUUCGAUGGGCCGGACAUCAAACAACGCAUUGACAGAUUCCACCAGUUGGAUGCUGUCUGGGCAUUUGCUAGACCGCUACUUGAACCCUUUGACUUUUCUCUCGUUGUUCGAGGUGGAGAGGAAGGCUUUGCAGCAGUUGUCGAAGGGAGUUAUAACCUGUACGCGCCUGGGGCCCCGCCGUCCGGCUACACAGAUGGAUUGCAAGCAGCGUUUCACAUAAGCGAGGCGUAUAAAAUGUCACCACUUCUGUUGUCGACCAUUUUCUCCAGAAACUACACCCAAUUCGAAGAGGAGAUCUCGACAGGAGAGAAAUUAACUGCUGUGUACGAUGCUGUAUUGGACCUCACAGUGAUCUUCAACCCUAAUACCAGUCUUCCUUACAUCAUCCGCUCAUAUGAGAAUCACAAAUUCUUCGGCCGAUCCACACACGACCUACUGGUUCAUGAGUAUAUAGAGAUCGCAGGCGUUAUGUUUCCCCAACGGCUCAAGACCAUCUACAAUGGGGAUUUGCUCCUAAUGGAUUAUGUUGCUGACGAAGUGUUGAUUAACCAAGUCGCGGAUCUGGCAUUCUUCAACGGCCCUGAAGGCUUCACGGCAUCAAACACACCUGCUCGCCACGACUCCUACGACUUUUCUGAGAUUGGGGAGUAUUCAGCCAGCUACAUGUGGACGGGACAAUAUACCGGGACAUUGGCAAAUCUUUCUGCAGCCAGUCCGUACCCAGACCUUCCAGGGGCAUGGGUUCUGACCUUCCAGGACGCACCUACGUAUCGACAGAUGGUUUUGGAGUUGGACGACUCCGUUAUCGUAUUUGAUGCACCAGCGCAUCAAAGCAUCUUAGUGAUACAGUGGGUCAAAGAAACCCUGGGGAAAUCUAUAACACGUGUUUGGCCAUCCCAUCACCACCACGAUCACGCUUUGGGAAUAGCAGACUACGUAGCUCAUGGAGCGAAAAUUAUCAUUAUCGAACAAGCUCGGGAUUACUAUUCGAACAUACCAGGGAGCCAAUUUCUUACUUACACAACUAACACUCCAAUGGUUCUCAAUGGUACCACCAUGCAAGUGACUUUCACGCAUAUGAACGGAUCAAUCCAUGCUUUCGACCACAGCUAUGCCCACAUCUCACCAUCGUGUACGAUCGUCAACAGCACCUCGCUGAUCUUCGAUGCGGAUCAUGCAAAUCCACUCGUCUUGGAUGUCGGAGACCAUGGAGGUAUACUUGAAUUAGUUGAUAGAAUGGCAGAUGACCGAGUUGCCAGCGAAACAAUAGUUGUCAGUGCUCAUGCUGACCCAACUCCUCUAAAGGUCUUCGUCGAGGCAAUAGGAUACCGUUACCCGGAUUAUUCUACACUAGAAUACAAAUUCGGAGUUUCUGUAUGCUCUUAA